CUAAAGAAAUAUCUUUUAAAAAGUAUGGCUUUAAUAUUAUUCAGACCUCUGACUUCUCUUCCUCAACUUCUACCAACACUGCGAUUACUCGUCAAGAUUUGCUUAUACAUAUUGGUUCCCUUCAAGAUACUGUAGCUGCAGUUGCAAGUUUGUUGAAUCAUUUGGAGAAGAAAACUAAAGAAUAUUCCAAUGGUUCAAGUUGUAAAGAGUAUGCACUUCUCCGUACCAAGUUAAAUGAUAUAUAUAUGGAACUCAAGAAAAGGAAGUCACAAAAAGAUAUGCUGCAAAAAAUUAAAGACCUUGAAAGCAUGUGA